AUGGCGUCCUCAAACCCCGACGCUGCCCCGUUCUUGCAGUAUCACGAGCCCGAAAUCGUCGAAAUUCUUAUCCUGGUAUCUUUCUUCACCUUCUUAUGGUUGUCGGAGUACGUUUCGGCCAAGGUUAUCCGUGCCGGCAUCAUUGGUCCGAUUGCGGUUGGUAUCAUAUAUGGCGAGCCGUUGGCGAAUAUCCUCGAACAUGAUUGGGCUGAGACGUUUCUAUAUCUUGGCUACAUUGGCUUGAUCUUGAUUAUCUUCGAGGGCGGUUUGAGCACUCGCCUUGACCUGCUCAAGGCCAACUUCACGCUGUCGAUCUGUGGGGCUGCCACAGGCGUACUGUGUCCAAUAGGUUUCAGCUACCUGUUGCUGUAUCUUGGGUUCGGCUAUGGCGCUGUCGAGACCUUCAUCAUCGGCGCUGCUCUGAGCACGACAAGCCUGGGCACCACCUUUGCCGUUAUCUCAAGCGCCUCCAAGGAUGUCGAUCUCAGCCAAACCAAGGUCGGCGCGGUGCUUGUCAGCGCUGCAGUCAUUGACGAUGUGACAGGUCUUGUCAUGUCAAGUGUCAUCCACGACCUGGGUGAUGUCGCGUCCGGUGGAAACGUCAACUUGGGAUGGCUGAUCGGCCGGCCUAUUCUCGCAUCUGCGGCCAUGGCAAUUCUUACCCCAGUUCUCACCAAAUGGGUCUUUGCGCCUCUGUUUCGAAGAUACGUUGAGAGGCAUUUUCACAAGUUCGACCACUUGUCAAACAUUAUGCUGAUGAUCCUGGUAUUAUCAGCCUUUAUCUCAGUCGCAGCCUUCGCAGGGACCUCCAUCCUGUUUGGAGCUUUCCUCGCUGGCGCCUUCUUGACGUAUCUCCCUUCUACACACCCGGAAGGUCCCUUCGUGGUUAUGAGCCGCGAAGAAGGCGAGCGCUCCAAAGACAAGUCUCCGACCUUUGUGCAUACCUUUGAGGUAUACUGUUUGGACGCGCAGCAGUAUGUACUUGGACCUCUUUUCUUUGCUAGCAUAGGAUUCGCGAUUCCGUUUUUGGAUCUUUGGACUGGAGAAGCCAUCUGGAAAGGCGUCGUAUACACCCUACUCAUGCUGGUUGGUAAGGCGCUCGUUGGAGUUUGGAUCCCUAUCUGGGGUGCCGCAACGCAUGAUCCCAAGAAAGCACAAGAAGCACAAAACGAAGCAUCCGCGGCCGAGAAUGGAAAUAACCUCGAGAAGGUCACUUCAUCGCCUUACUCUCCCACCCGCAAAGCUGCGGUACAGUCGGCCGUCUCGCCCAUGCUUUUGCUGGGCAUGGCCAUGGUCGCCCGUGGAGAAAUCGGUCUACUAAUCGUGGAAAUCGGCUACAACAACACGCCGUAUGUAUCUGCGGAGGGCUUCAUAACAGCCAUAUGGGCUAUUUUGCUGAAUACAAUCAUUGGGCCCGUAUGUGUUGGCUUGGCCGUCAAGUACAGAGGUGCUAAGAUCGGCAAAGGACCUUGGGGCUUGGUACCAGGCCCAAACCAGGCUAUCGAAGAUGAGAUGAACAGGAGGAGAGAGUCGCGUAUGAAUGACCAAAUGCAAGAGGAGGGAGAAGCGAGAAUGGAGGCGCAUCGUAAUAGUCGCAUGGAUUGA